GCUGGGCUGCUCAGGAGCCCGAGCCGUGGCGGAGCUGUGAGCAGCGAGCAGCGCCUGCGGGAGCCGCCGGUCGGUCGGGUCCUCGCGCCCCGCACGCCCGCACGCCCGCACGCCCAGCGGGGCCCGUAUUGAGCAUGGGCGCGGCGGCCUUGCGCUGGCACUUGUGCGUGCUGCUGGCCCUGGGCACGCGCGGGCGGCUGGCGGGGGGCAGCGGGCUCCCAGGAUCAGUCGACGUGGAUGAGUGCUCAGAGGGCACGGAUGACUGCCACAUCGAUGCCAUCUGUCAGAACACGCCCAAGUCCUACAAAUGCCUCUGCAAGCCAGGCUACAAGGGGGAAGGCAGGCAGUGUGAAGACAUUGACGAGUGUGAGAAUGACUACUACAACGGGGGCUGUGUCCACGAGUGCAUCAACAUCCCAGGGAACUACAGGUGCACCUGCUUUGAUGGCUUCAUGCUGGCACACGAUGGACACAACUGCCUGGAUGUGGACGAGUGUCAGGACAAUAAUGGUGGCUGCCAGCAGAUCUGCGUCAACGCCAUGGGCAGCUACGAGUGUCAGUGCCACAGUGGCUUCUUCCUUAGUGACAACCAGCACACCUGCAUCCACCGCUCCAAUGAGGGUAUGAACUGCAUGAACAAAGACCAUGGCUGUGCCCACAUCUGCCGGGAGACGCCCAAAGGUGGGGUGGCCUGCGACUGCAGGCCCGGCUUUGACCUUGCCCAAAACCAGAAGGACUGCACACUAACCUGUAACUAUGGAAACGGAGGCUGCCAGCACAGCUGUGAGGACACAGACACAGGCCCCAUGUGUGGCUGCCACCAGAAGUACGCCCUCCACUCAGACGGUCGCACGUGCAUCGAGAAGGAUGAGGCUGCAAUUGAGCGCUCUCAGUUCAAUGCCACGUCAGUAGCUGAUGUGGACAAGCGGGUGAAACGGCGGCUACUCAUGGAGACGUGUGCAGUCAAUAACGGAGGCUGCGACCGGACGUGCAAGGACACAGCCACCGGCGUGCGAUGCAGCUGCCCCGUUGGAUUCACGCUGCAGCCAGACGGGAAGACGUGCAAAGACAUCAACGAGUGCCUGGUCAACAACGGAGGCUGCGACCACUUCUGCCGCAACACCGUGGGCAGCUUCGAGUGCGGCUGCCGGAAGGGCUACAAGCUGCUCACCGAUGAGCGCACCUGCCAGGACAUUGACGAGUGCUCCUUCGAGCGGACCUGUGACCACAUCUGCAUCAACUCCCCGGGCAGCUUCCAGUGCCUGUGUCACCGCGGCUACAUCCUCUAUGGGACAACUCACUGCGGAGAUGUGGACGAGUGCAGCAUGAACAAUGGGAGCUGUGACCAGGGCUGCGUCAACACCAAGGGCAGCUACGAGUGUGUCUGUCCCCCGGGGAGGCGGCUCCACUGGAACCGGAAGGACUGCGUGGACACAGGCCAGUGUCUUUCUCGCACCAAGACCUCCCCCCGGGCCCAGCUGUCCUGCGGCAAGGUGGGCGGCGUGGAGAGCUGCUUCCUUUCCUGCCCGGCCCACACGCUCUUUGUGCCAGACUCGGAAAAUAGCUACGUCCUGAGCUGCGGAGUUCCAGGGCCGCAGGGCAAGGCACUGCAGAAACGCAACGGCACCAGCUCUGGCCUCGGGCCCAGCUGCUCAGAUGCCCCUGCCACCCCCAUCAAACAGAAGGCCCGCUUCAAGAUCCGAGAUGCCAAGUGCCAUCUCCGGCCCCACAGCCAGGCGCGAGCAAAGGAGACCGCCAGGCAGCCGCUGCUGGACCACUGCCAUGUGACUUUCGUGACCCUCAAGUGUGACUCCUCCAAGAAGAGGCGCCGUGGCCGCAAGUCCCCAUCCAAGGAGGUGUCGCACAUCACAGCGGAGUUUGAGAUCGAGACAAAGAUGGAAGAGGCCUCAGACGCUUGCGAAGCGGACUGCUUGCGGAAGCGAGCGGAGCAGAGCCUGCAGGCUGCCAUCAAGACCCUGCGCAAGUCCAUUGGCCGGCAGCAGUUCUAUGUCCAGGUCUCAGGCACUGAGUACGAGGUAGCCCAGAGGCCAGCCAAGGCCCUGGAGGGGCAGGGGGCAUGUGGCGCCGGCCAGGUGCUACAGGACGGCAAAUGCGUUGCCUGUGGGCCUGGCACCCACUUCGGCGGUGAGCUCGGCCAGUGUGUGCCAUGUAUGCCAGGGACAUACCAGGACACAGAAGGCCAGCUCAGUUGCACACCGUGCCCCAGCAGUGACGGGGUUGGUCUGGCUGGUGCCCGCAACGUGUCGGAAUGUGGAGGCCAGUGUUCUCCAGGCUUCUUCUCGGCUGAUGGCUUCAAGCCCUGCCAGGCCUGCCUCGUGGGCACGUACCAGCCUGAGCCCGGGCGCACCAGCUGCUUCCCCUGCGGAGGGGGUUUGCUCACCAAACACGAAGGCACCACCUCCUUCCAGGACUGCGAGGCUAAAGUGCACUGCUCCCCCGGCCACCACUACAACACCACCACCCACCGCUGCAUCCGCUGCCCCGUCGGCACCUACCAGCCUGAGUUUGGCCAGAACCACUGCAUCACCUGUCCGGGCAACACCAGCACAGACUUCGAUGGCUCUACCAACGUCACACACUGCAAAAACCAGCACUGCGGCGGCGAGCUUGGUGACUACACCGGGUACAUCGAGUCCCCCAACUACCCUGGUGACUACCCAGCCAACGCGGAAUGCGUCUGGCACAUCGCGCCUCCGCCGAAGCGCAGGAUCCUCAUCGUGGUCCCGGAGAUCUUCCUGCCCAUCGAGGACGAGUGCGGCGAUGUUCUGGUCAUGAGGAAGAGCGCCUCGCCCACGUCCAUCACCACCUACGAGACCUGCCAGACCUACGAGAGGCCCAUUGCCUUCACCUCCCGCUCCCGGAAGCUCUGGAUCCAGUUCAAAUCCAAUGAAGGCAACAGCGGCAAAGGCUUCCAAGUGCCCUAUGUCACCUAUGAUGAGGACUACCAGCAACUCAUAGAGGACAUCGUGCGCGAUGGGCGCCUGUACGCCUCGGAGAACCACCAGGAAAUUUUGAAAGACAAGAAGCUGAUCAAGGCCCUCUUUGACGUGCUGGCCCAUCCCCAGAACUACUUCAAGUACACAGCCCAGGAGUCCAAGGAGAUGUUCCCACGGUCCUUCAUCAAACUGCUGCGCUCCAAAGUAUCUCGGUUCCUGCGGCCCUACAAAUAACCGGGGGGAGCGGCCCUGCCUGGGGGUGGCCUGGUCCACGGAGGGCGCACCUGCCCUCCACAGUGGGAGCUGCAUGGGCCACCUCGUCGCCUUGGGAACCCCAUGGCACUGCUCUUCAGGGAAGCCAACCAGCCCAUGGAGACCGAGCCCAGGCACCCUUCGGACCCGCUGCCCCUGUGGGAGCACCCUGCUUCAGGAAGCCUCCCUCCCUCCCUCCGCCUCCCUUCCCCAGGACACCAACAGCGCCCUCUCCUGAGCCCUGGCGGACGGACUGCAGGUAGCAGGAUUGCAGGACCUCCGCCUGGCCUGGCAUUUCAGGAGAGAGGGGAAGUAGGGCCUAUGCUCUGGGAGGCAUGGUCAUCCGAGACAGGAGGCCAGGGCAGAGAGGAGGGGACAAAGGUGCUGUCUCGGGGAGGUCGAUGAGCCUGUGCUAGCAUCCGCAGGCCCCACGCUCUGCCAACUCCUCCAGCCACAGGCAAGGCCAUGGCUCCGGGCUGUUACGCUCUAGGGGUUCUGUGAUGGGAUGGAACAGAGCUGCUGGGGAGGAGACUGGAGGUUUCUGCGUUCCUUCAACAGAACAUUUAAUGAAGUACUCUCUCUAUAUAUAAAAAUAUAAAUAUAAAUAUAUAUAUAUAUAUAUACACUUCUAUUUGUGGGUACUUUAGGAAAACGCUCUUUGGUCACUGUAAAUACGAAUUGUGACCCCAUCCCUUCCCGCAUGAGCCCAGUGAGUCCUAGCAGCUCUCAGCCUCCCUGAACGAUUCAACAGCUCCUCCCAACAUCUGCCCUUCUGUUUCUGUGAGGCCGGCAGCCCUUGGGGCUAGGGAGAGCACAGCUUGCCUUGGACUUGCUUCCGAACACAAAUUCUUCAAGAACUAGCUCAGAUGCUCUGCUGGAGUGCUGACCUCACCCGUCCCCUUGCCAGCAUCAUCACUGCCCUUGGACAAGACUCAGUGGAAGAUACUUCCCCUUGGACCUGUUCCUAGGAGGUGGAGGGGCCCCACAAUAAACUGCAGAAGGGGCCUUGGCUCUGACCCUGUGGCAGUGACCUUGGGGUCCGUACUAUGCCCAGGUGUCAGCAGGAAACAAGGCCUUGCUCACAGAAGCACAGGCUGUGCCACCACAAGGAGACUCAGAGCGGCCAGUGAGGGAAGGGGAGAGAGAGGAGCUGGCUGUCAGAGGCCUGGCUCCCAGCGCAGCCUCCUCUUGCUACACCAUGCCGCCCCCACUUAGAGGGAAACCUCUUUCCUUUCCCGUAAAGGAAAGAGGUUGAAUUGACUCAGAGUUCCACAUGGCUGGGGAGGCCUCCGGAAACUUACAGUCAUGGCAGAGGGUGAAGGGGAAGCAAGCACCUUCUUCACAAGGUGGCAGGAGAGAGAAGCAAGCAGGGAAAUGCCGAGGGAAGGAGAGUCUGGACUAUGACGGAGUGCAUGUGUCCCACCCAGCCGGGAGGCCAGCGCUGGGGAUGCCGCCAGCAGAACUCCGCGCCGAGGUCCAGGAGGCCGUGCCUGCUCUUCAUCUGCCUGUGCGCUGCGGGACCUGCGUGGGAAAUGGUCUGUAGGUUUCAGGUUAACAAAUACUGAAAAUCCCAAGGGACCUGGGAGACUCUUAAAAUGAACUCCAUUCUUCGGCUUGAAGUUGCCUCUAGGGUUCCUCCUGGUCACCCCCGGGCCCAGCCUGGCUGGCAAGACAUGAACACGGUUUAAGAGGCUGUGGCACACUGAGGACUGCACAGAUGGAGGCAGGCAAGCGAGGUCCCCGGGGGUUCAGGGCUUGGUGACGAGGUAGGCCGGUCAUCACAUAUUCUACAGCCCAAAAGAGGGCUUGGAGCUCAGGAUUACGCUGUCACGUGUGCCCACAGCAGCGGGGUCCCCGGCCUGGCUCCUGCUGCCAUCAGCUGCCUUCUCUGCUGAAGUCCGACUCAAGGUGGAGAGAGAGUGGAGCCUCUGCACUUGGUGGGUAGGUCAGUGUCAACUAACAAGCCCUGCCAGGGGCCACUGCCCCUCCUCUGGCUACAGUCCACGCAGCCCAGCCCUGGUUUCCGGAAAGAGGCCUCCUUCCCUCCCUUUGUGGAGCCAUCAGUCAUCCCCAAGAUGAGAGGCGAGCGUCCUCCUCGGUGAGCCUGCAGCAGCAGCUCCUGAGGGGGUGCCGGGAUGGGUGUCACCUCUUCAUGAGUGUUCUCCAGAGAAACAGAACCCAGAGGAUACAGACGUAGAGCUGUGAGGGCCUGCAUUAUGGGAAUUAGCUCACGGAUUCUGGAGGCCAAGAAGUCCCACUAUCUGCUGUCUGUGAGUGGGAGACCAGAAGAAGCGACACCGUCACUCAGUCUGAGUCCAAAGCCCAGGAAGCCGGGGGCCACCCUGUGAGUCCCAGCAUCCAAAGCCCCGAGAACGAGGAAGACGGAUGUCCCAGUUCCAAAAGGGAGGGUUCUCCCUUCUUCCCCCUUCUGUUCCACUGGGGCCCUCAACAGAUUGGAUGGAGUGGAUGUCUUCACUCAGUCUGCCGGUUCCCAUCCUAACCUCUUCUGGAAACACCCUCACAUGUUUUCCCAGCUAGCUGGGUAUCCUCCACCCAACCAAGACGACCAUGCAAUCAAC